AUGUCGACGCUGAAGGCCGCUACAGUCUCAAACAGAGUCAUUCGCAAGCGAAAACGCCCUCCGGAUGAGGAUGAAGUUCCGGAGGCUGACAGCAUUUGGCCCAUUGAGAGUGCAUCUGCUGCAUCCAGCGUUUCUGAAGCCUCCGACAAGACAAAAAACCAGCAGCAGAAGAAAGGCGGGGCCGCAACCGCUCUAGUUGAUUGUCUUAUAGAGUGGCCUUUAUGGUUCAAGGAACUGGACAGAACUCAUCGUGCAUUAAAUCUUGUGUUCACAUUUUGCUCUACUCGCAAACAUUUGGCCACAACAUUCGAGACUAUUCGCACCACUGUUGAGUCACACAUCAAGAGGAAGUUGUUGAUUGAGGAUGUGGCAGCUAUUGUGGCAUUGCGGCCAGAAGGCAUCAACUUCUCAUACGUCGAUGAGGUCAUGCUUCAAAUUGACAUAAAAGGAGCGGAAAGAGAUGUGACCUUCAAAUCCGGUAGAUCAAAGGACAUGUGGGCACAGGGCCCAGCCCCUGAUGCAUCUGUGGGAGGACUCACGGGAAUGGAUGAAUUCCCUAUCCGCCAUCCGAAUGAGUUUCCUCCCAGUGGGAAUGAAGUUCUCUUUUUUGAAUUCAUUGAUGGCGACUUAAAGCGGCAAGUCCAAAACAAGAAGACUGGAGAACCAACGAAACCUAACAGGCGACUCCGCGAUGAAGAUCUCAAGAUGCCAGUUUUCAGCCAAAAACAGAUGACGUCACUGAUCGAAAAGCGCAAUCAAAAGUUCACAAAUGCGGUCAAUACAUUCUUGAAUAAGUGCACUGAAGACAAGGUCGACCCUGAACUGGUACUUAAGCAAGAAGCGGAGUCUUUUAUUCCAACUCCUAGUCAUUCUAUGGAUGCCACGCCUAAACCAGAGCUAAGCACACUACCUGAGACCAUACCGACGGAAAGGAAAAGCAUUCCGGACAUUGUUGAGCAAAUAAAGGAGAGCUCCUGGUACACGGGACAGAUUGUACCUGAUGGUCAUCGAGUGUUUGAACCACAAGAGCCGGUCUACGGAGAUCUGGAUUUCGUCUUGAGCCAAGAGAUGGUCAACGCCUUAUAUAAUGCAAAGGGGAUCACAGAAUUUUACGCCCAUCAAGCGGAAGCCAUUAAUCGACUUCAGGCAGGUAACCACGUUGUUGUGUCAACAUCCACAAGCUCAGGAAAGUCGUUAAUCUACCAGUUACCAGUGUUACAUGCCUUGGAGCAUGACUAUCUGACAAGAGCAAUGUACAUCUUUCCAACUAAAGCCUUGGCCCAAGAUCAGAAAAGGAGCUUAAAGGAUAUGCUAUCAUAUAUGCCGGGAAUAGAGAAUGUUUUGGUGGAAACUUUCGAUGGAGACACACCAAUGAGUGACAGGAAUUUGAUCCGGGAUGAAGCUCGCAUCAUUUUCACCAAUCCUGAUAUGCUGCAUAUCACAAUACUUCCUCAGGAAGACAAGUGGCGCACCUUUCUCAAGAAUUUAAAGUAUGUUGUAGUCGAUGAACUGCACUAUUAUAAUGGCCUUAUGGGGUCUCAUAUGGCUUUCAUCAUGAGACGGCUCAGGCGCAUUUGUGCAGCUGUAGGGAACCGGAGGGUACGAUUUAUCUCCUGUUCGGCGACCGUUGCGAAUCCGAAAGAGCAUUUUGAGACAAUAUUCGGCAUCGAAACUGUGUAUCUUGUCGAUUUUGAUGGAUCGCCAUCAGGAAGGAAGGAAUUCCUUUGCUGGAACACACCAUACAAGGACCCUGGCGACCCUUCGAGUGGCCGCGGUGAUGCAUUGGCUGAAUGCGCACGACUUUUCUGCCAACUCAUAUUGCGAGGAGUGCGCGUUAUUGCUUUUUGUCGCGUGAGGAAGCAAUGUGAAGCACUCGUAUCAGCUACUAAAUCGGAACUGGAGUCGCUAGGUCGACCCGAAUGCAUGGCUCGAGUUAUGGGCUAUCGCGGUGGAUAUACCGCCCAAGACCGUCGCCGCAUCGAAAGCGAGAUGUUCGAAGGUAAACUCUUGGGCAUCAUUGCGACUACAGCACUUGAGUUGGGUGUUGAUAUUGGUACACUUGAUUGUGUCAUCAGCGCAGGCUUCCCGUAUUCAAUUGCGAAUUUGCGACAGCAAAGUGGCAGAGCGGGCAGACGUAACAAGGACUCAUUGUCCAUCCUUGUUGGGGAUUGUUUUGCAACUGAUCAACACUAUAUGGAAAAUCCAAAUGAGCUGUUCACGAAGCCAAAUUGCGAGCUCCAGGUGGAUUUGGAGAAUAUGCUCGUACUAGAAGGCCAUAUCCAAUGCGCCGCUUAUGAAAUGCCUAUCCGGCCAGCCGAGGAUGCGAGGUACUUUUCAAAAGACUUGUCAAAGAUUGCCGAAGAACGCCUAAUUAGGGAUGAAAACGGGUAUUACCAUUGUCAUGACAGGUUCCGCCCAGUUCCAUCAAGAUUCGUCGCAAUACGCGAUACGGAAGAAGACCACUUUGCAAUUGUCGACAUCUCCCAUGGCAGGAAUGUUGUCCUUGAGGAGCUUGAAGCUUCUCGAGCAUUUUACACAAUAUACGACGGAGCGAUAUUCUUACACCAAGGUAACUCCUAUCUAGUCCGCGACUUCCAGCCCCAGAAAAUGAUCGCCAAAGUUGAAAAGGUCAAGGUGGAAUGGACCACUCAGCAGCGGGAUUUUAUGGAUAUCGAUCCCGUUGAGACUGAGGCCAUCCGUAAAAUCCCAGGCUCCUUAUCGCGGGCUUUCCAUGGAGCAAUCCGACUUCAGCAGAACGUAUUCGGUUACUUCAAGAUUGACAAGAAGCGGCGGAUCCUAGAUGCGGUCCAAGUCGACAACCCUCCAAUUAUCCGACACAGCAAGGGCAUGUGGCUCGAUGUACCGAAAAGGGCUCUAGAGAUCCUUGUCGAUCGCCAACUAAAUGUUGCUGGCGCUAUACAUGCAGCAGAACACGCAGUGAUGAGUUUAAUGCCCAACUUUGUCAUCAGUAUGCCAGGUGAUGUUCGUACUGAAUGCAAGGUUGGCAUGAAGGAGUUUGCACAGAAAGAGACGCAACGCAAGCGACCAGCACGACUUACCUUUUAUGACGCCAAAGGAGGAGCUGGAGGCUCAGGUAUCAGUACGAAAGCUUUCGAGUUCAUUGACUUGCUCUUAGUUCAGGCACUGAAACGAGUUGAGUAUUGUCACUGCGAGAAAGGCUGCCCUGAAUGCGUUUGCUCGGAACUUUGCAAGCAUGGCAACGAGGUCAUGAGCAAAGCUGGAAGCUCGGUUAUCAUCAAGGCAUUACUCAACAUGGAUAUCGAUGUGGACGCGCUGCCAAUGGGCCCUGAAGAAGUAAGUCCGGCUGGUAUCGAAACUGUGGUGCUUGCAAAACCUGUGCCUUCUAGGGGACGAAUUCUUGUGGACGAUAUUGAAGUAAAAGUCGAGGGCGAUGAUACAUCAGAGACAGCUUUGAGCACCUGA